UCAGGCACACAACCAGUGGUGUUUUAAAAAAAAAAAGAAAAUUUUCUUUGACGCUUCGACUCCAUCAGUUUGCACACACGCGUUCGCCGGGUCCCCGGGGCCAAAUGGCUUGCCAGUGAUUUAGGUUUUUACUUGGGAAUAUUCAGUGACAGACGUUGGAGACCAGAAAUCACGUGAAAAAUCGGAAAUCCUAACGGCUGGAAUCAUGGAGCAGGAUUUACACGAGCGUAACAGAGUUGGUGUUCAGGAUUUUGUACUGCUCGAGGAUUUCAACAGCGAAACGGCAUUUAUCGAUAACUUGAGAAAAAGAUUCAAGGAGAAUCUUAUCUACACAUACAUUGGUCAAGUACUGGUGUCGGUAAAUCCGUACAAGAGUCUGCCGAUUUACAAUGAGUCAACGAUACAUUAUUACGAGGGGAGGAAUUUUUUUGAAGCUCCACCGCACAUUUUUGCACUUGCAGAUACUGCGUAUCGGUCUCUAGCAAAAGAAAACCGCGAUCAGUGCAUCCUGAUCUCCGGCGAAUCGGGAUCUGGUAAGACAGAGGCCUCGAAGAAGGUCCUCCAGUUCAUCGCGGCGGCGACCGGGCACAAGAAGAAGGUCGACGCUGUGAGCGGCAAGCUCAUAGGCUCCAACCCAGUGCUGGAAGCCUUCGGCAAUGCCAAGACCAACAGAAACGACAACUCCUCGAGGUUCGGAAAAUACAUGGACAUCCAGUUCGAUUUCUACGGGAACCCCGUGGGUGGCAACAUCCUCAACUACCUCUUGGAGAAGUCUCGGGUGGUGCAUCAAUCCUCCGGAGAACGGAAUUUCCACAUUUUCUAUCAGCUCUUGGCUGGAGCGGACGACGAAACCCUCAGGAAGCUCUUCCUCAAGCGUAAUUUGGACACCUAUUUCUACAUCAGUAAUGGAACAAAAGGCACUGUCGACACUAUUGACGACGUGGGGCAGUACAAGCAGGUGCUAGAGGCCAUGAAGACGGUGGAGUUGGAACAGAGCGAGCAGGACGAUUUGUUCGCAAUCGUCGCGUCAGUUCUUCACAUGGGAAAUGUGGGCUUCACUGAGGAAGAGGGAGUCGCCCAGAUCCUCAAGCCUGCGUCGGUGGAAGCUGUUGCUUCGUUGUUGGGUUGCGACGUAAAAAAAUUAGCAAAAGCCUUCACCCACAGGACAAUAGAUGCUCGUGGAGACGUGGUAAUCUCCCCCUUGAACCGUGAAUUGGCUAUUUACGCUAGGGACGCACUGGCCAAAGCUGUUUACGAUCGUUUGUUCACGUGGCUAGUGGCCAGACUAAAUAAAUCCCUCCAGCCCGAGCUGAGCCGGGAGAACGGCGUAAUCGGAAUUCUCGAUAUUUACGGCUUCGAAAUAUUCCAGAAGAAUAGCUUUGAGCAAUUCUGCAUCAACUACUGCAACGAGAAACUCCAACAGCUGUUCAUCCAGUUGACCCUCAAGUCCGAACAGGAGGAGUACCAGAAGGAGGGCAUCACCUGGGAGCACGUCGAGUUUUUCAACAACAAAGUCAUCUGCGAUCUCAUCGAGGAGAAGUACAAGGGAAUAAUCUCCCUGAUGGAUGAGGAGUGCUUGCGUCCAGGGGAUCCAACGGACCUGAGUUUCUUGGAGAAGUUGAACUCCAAUCUGGGGAGCCAUCCUCACUACAUCAGUCACAUGAAGGCUGACAUUCAGACGCAAAAGAUCAUGGGGAGAGACGAAUUUCGACUAGUUCAUUACGCCGGUGAUGUCACCUACAACGUUCGCGGUUUUCUCGAGAAAAAUAACGAUCUCCUCUUCAGAGAUCUCCGAGAAGUCAUGUCUCACACAUCAAACUCAAUAACCCACGCUAUUUUUGAUGUCAAGGACCUGACGAGUAAAAAACGUCCAGAUACAGCUGUAACUCAAUUCAAAAAUAGUCUCAACAACCUCGUGGAUAUUCUCAUGGGAAAGGAGCCCUCGUACAUUCGAUGCAUCAAGCCGAAUGACUUUAAAAUUUCAGGGCAAUUUAACGAGAAAAUCGUUCUUCACCAAGUCAAGUACUUGGGCCUGAUGGAGAAUCUGAGGGUCAGGCGAGCUGGUUUCGCCUACAGAAGACCUUACGAGCAAUUUUUGCAGAGAUACAAGUCCCUCUGCCCCAAAACCUGGCCGUCCUAUCGAGGAAGUGCCAAGGACGGGGUUCAAGUUCUAGUUUCUCACCUCAAGUAUUCGGAGAAUGAAUACCAAAUGGGAAACACAAAAUUAUUCAUCCGCUUCCCAAAGACUCUCUUCUCAACUGAGGACGCCUUCCAACGAAAAAAGAACGACAUUGCAGCGAUAAUCCAGAGCAAAUGGAAGGGCAGAGUGCAGAGACAAAAAUACGUGAGAAUGAAGUGCGCGGCUAUAAUUCUCCAGAAGUACGUGAGACGUUGGAGGGCGAAGAGGGAGGCUGAGAGAAGGAGAAGAGCGGUGGUGACGAUAAGGAGGUUCAUCGAGGGCUUCAUCACGAGGAAUGGUCCUCCCACGGAUGUCAAUGCCGCCUUCACCGAGUUGGCAAAAUCUCAGUGGCUCCUCAGGCUCUCUCGAUCACUGCCUAGAGGAGUCCUCAAUGAUCAUUGGCCGCCUUGUCCUUACGCUUGUCGAGAGGCAUCAGAACACCUGAAACAAAUCCACAAGAGGCACCGAGCCCGCAUCUACCGGUCAUCACUCUCCAAAGAGGACAAGAAGCAACUUGACCUGAAGGUUCUCUCCGAAAAACUGUUCAAGAACAAGAAAAAGUCUUACUCCAAGAGUGUGGGCCCGAGGUUCAUCGACGACAGACUGGGCAACGAGUUCUCCGCUCUCAAGCAGAACUUCAUUGCUAGUGUUCUACCCACUGGGGAGACCAUCAAGUACUCUACACCUGUCAUAAAGUACGAUCGUCAUGGCUAUAAGCCACGAGAGAGGGUAUUGAUUCUAACGGAAAAGGCUGUUUACAUUCUCGAUACUGGGAAAUCGUUGAAGCUCAAGCAUCGGUUGCCUUAUCAGAGCAUUCAGGAGCUCGUGGUUACUGGGGAGUCGGAUAAUCUGCUGAUUGUGAGGAUCCCCCCGGAGCUUAAAAAAGAUAAGGGAGAUCUGAUUCUUGAGGUCGAACACAUAAUCGAGGCCCUCACCAAGGCUAUUGACAUCACCAAUAACCCGAGGAUAUUGAAUAUCGUCAAUAAGGAAUCGGUCUCACACAAACUAGUCAGUGGAAAAGAGGGUACAAUCGAGUUCACGAAAGGAACAACCCCAGCAAUCACUAAAAAUCGACAAAGUGGCCAUCUUCUAGUGGUCGCCUCCCCAUAAGUGAAAUGUGAUUUUAGAGGAAGGAUACUAAAGAGAUAAUAGAUAAUAUAUUAAGAUGCAUGGACUCCAGCAGAAUCUGCUGGUUCCAGUGCCAUGAGAACACGAGGAAAUGUUUCCAAUUGUUUCGCAGCAUUAUUGUAAGAGAUGUAUAAAUUAUUAUCGAAGAGUAAUAAAUAAAUGUAUUGAGUUUGAACA